GCAUAUUGUAGCUACCAAAUUCUAAAGACCACAACAGUAUAGUCAGCUGCCCCAUCGUUGUGAGCAAGAUGACUUGGAGCCGGGCGAUUUCGGGUGGUUCCGCUACAUCUUGUACUUCAUCCAUCAUUGAAGAGAACUACACCGUGGUGAAGAACCUGGGCUCUGGAGGCUUUGGACAAGUCAGUGAAGUCAAGGAGAAGACUGGCGCGAAGAAACAUUUUGCUUGGAAGCAAGUUUCACUGGAGAAAGACCCUUACGGUGAGAAUGAGGUGAACUUGCUCAGGGACUUGAAACAUGAGGGCAUUGUGAAGAUCAUUGAGGCUCACAACGCAGAUGGAAUGGUCGACAUGGUGCUAGAGCUGUGCAAUCAGGGCAGCAUGCAGGAAUACAUUGAGCAGAGAUUUGAGCGCGUCCCCAUGAGCUACGAGAAGCUGUACAUGGCACCCGAGUUUUUCCAGAUCACUUCUUGUAUGACUCAGCUUUUGGAAGCCAUCAAGUUUCUGCAUGAGAACUGUGUAGCACAUCGUGACGUGAAACCUGCCAACGUCCUUUUGGCAUCGGGUCGUUUCCGGCACGACCGCCCCCUUUGGGACGCCUGGUGGGCAACUGGAGCGCUUGGUCCAUGGCGUGUUCAUGGUCCACCUGCGCCCCUGCUCCUGUGGACUUGGGUCCAGGAUCGUCCAGGCCUUUCCAGGCUCCCGAAGUGGCGCAGAAGUGCUACACUGAGAAGUGCGACAUCUACAGUACCGGAAUCCUCUUCAUCGCCCUGACGAUCGGGAAAGCCUACUCCCGGCCGGAGGACUUGGAAUCGGAAGAGGAGAAAGCAGCGGCCGUCCAGCUCUUGGAUGAGAAACGAUGGCGCAAUCAAGAGUUCCCUGGGCAAGUGGGCGUGGGGCGGUUUGCUUAGCAGAGAUGUGUGUGGGUAUAUGUGAUAGAAUUGGGUUCAGCGAAACAACAUCUAAGUCUAAGUCUAAGUUUGCCCAAGUUCACCGAUAUGGGAGUUGCUGAGAUUCUGAACCUUUUAACAUUGAGCUUUGUUGCAAUUGUUCAGCAAAUGCACGAUGAGCCAUAGACCAUAGAUAAUUAUUCAAAGGGGAGUUGGACUCAAUUUGGAUAAAUUGAUGUUGCACCUGAGAUGCUAGUUGUCAUUUACUGUUCCCAUUUCCCUGGUUCACACCCACCGAUGAUUGAAACAUGUCAUGUCAUGUCGUAACUUCUCACGGCGUAGCAAUAGUGCAAGAACCACCCAAGAGCACUGUUUCGCAAGGACAAUCAUCAACCUACCCAUGGGUUUGCCCACCAAUUUCGGACAAUUAAAUGAUGCACGUUUGUCAUCGUGGUGCAGAUAUGGAGCCACUUUGCAUGGCAUUCACAUUGCUCCAUCGUCUGUUAAAAAGACUCGAAAAGUGGCCUUGAACAAAAUUGGCAGAUUUGGGUCAUAUGUACAUGUUCGAGGACACCAGGGAGACUCCACUGAGAAAGACCACACCCUCGAGCCUUCCGUCUCUUUCGCCAGGCUUGGAACUCAUGCCCUGGACUUUGCUAAAUCGAUGAUUCGCACUCCUGAAAAUGACCGGCCUAGCGCAGCUGAAGCCUUGGAUAAUUCCUGGUUCAACUCCACAUCCGGCCCCUGUUGUGUGAUCGCCUAACGGUGGGCGCCCGCGAUAAAAGGCGUCGGUGCGUCGGCGAGUUUCCUCGCCAAAAGACCGCGUGCUGAAAUCCCCGGACAGAUGGCCCCGACAGCGUAGCUUCGCUGGAGAAAUGCCAUCCAAAAAUGGCCAACGCUCCGUUUUGGAAGGCAGACCUCGCGUCUCGUGUUUGGUUCAGUGGGUCAAGAUCCGAAGUGCAAAGUGCUUGUUUUUUGACCCACAGCCGUACUGUUUCUGGGUCAAGACCGAUAUGCUAAGUGACAGAUCGCGCCAAUGCGACAUGGCAGAGGUUGCCAUAUUCACCUGUCAGAUCUUUCAAGUGGACGAGUCCUCAC